AAGAGUCCCGCGGGAAGGCGGGGAGAGACCCCGAAGGCUCCGUGAGGGAGGUGAGGACGGCAGGAGAGCGGGCGGCGGAGGAACGGCUCCGGGGUCCGAUUACGCCCUUGCUCUUCCCCUGCUGUCGGCCUCCCGGUGAGGGGUAGGAGCCAGGAGAUUCGAAACUUGGGAGGGACAAGCGGGCCAGGGAGACGGAGGUGAAGCCAUGCGACGGCUGCUGAUCCCGGUGGCCCUGUGGCUGGGCGUGGUGGGUGUAAGCAGUACUGAGCUCACCAGGGCUCAGCAGCAGGGCCUGCAGGUGGCCUUGGAGGAAUUCCACAAGCACCCGCCUGUGCAGUGGGCCUUCCAGGAGACUGGUGUGGACAGUGCUGUGGAUACGCCCUUCCCAGCUGGAACCUUUGUGAGACUGGAAUUUAAGCUUCAGCAGACGAACUGCCGGAAGAAGGACUGGAAGAAACCUGAGUGCAAAGUGAAGCCCAAUGGGAGGAAGCGGAAAUGCCUGGCCUGCAUCAAACUGGAUCCUGAAGAUAAAGUGCUGGGCAGGAUGGUGCACUGCCCCAUCCAGACACAGACCCGAAGGCAGGAGGAACUGGAGGAGCACCAGGGAACCCAGUGCAGUAGAGUGGAGCGGGCUGGCGAGGACCCCCACAGCUACUACUUCCCUGGACAGUUCGCCUUCUUCAAAGCCCUGCCCCCAAGCUGAGCCUGACUGAAUCUCCUCAGGCUUCCUGGACAGCUGCAGGCAGUACACAGCGGAAGACUCCAUCCUCCUGGGCACACGCUCCCAUAUCUUGAGCUAAUAAAACUGCUCUCCAAGCUGGUUCUCUCUA